AUGUCCGUGCGACAAGUCGGGACAGAAACAUUCCCGGAAAAUAAGAUGGGGACCAUCCUCGACCAAUCUGAAGAGGAUGAUUCGGAUGGCCCGGACAAAGCAAUGUUUGUGCCAUUGCCGUGUGACUUGGCAGUUCUUUUGGUCUGUCCCUGUCUCUAUUGGAGUCUCAAACGAGAGGACCAUUGGACCAUUGGAUUUGUGAUCCGAAUCCAGUUGUCGGCUGGAAGUCCAAUGGGUUUCAUUGUUGCCAAACUCAAACCUGUGUGGCGCAACAUGCGUGGGUCGGACGGGAAUGGCAUUCUAGAAAGAUAUGCCAGAUUCCGGGGUUGA